CUAUACCACUACCACCACCACCACACCAGAGCCCGAAGUGGUGCUAGCUUUCCCCGCAUCACACUAAAUUCAGGUACAAGAUUAAAAUAAAUGUCAAGCUUUAACCUCCAGUAUGUCAACCAAUGCCAAAUCUAUUGUAAACAACUGAACGCACUCAAAGUUAAGAUGUCACCAAAACCAAUACUACCUCCACCAAAAGCAUCACUACCCUCAUCGAACACCAUUCCCCCUGCAGAUGCAAAGACACGAUUAAAAAGAGCUGAGAAUGCUAGGAAACGUUUAGCAGGCCACCGCACAGUUAUUGAGGAAUCAGACGAAGAAGAAGAAUCGGAUGACGAGGCAGAAUGGGAAUGGAUAUACGAAAGCGAGAAUCAUGAAGAAAUUGCUUCAUCGCCGCAGACCAAUGCCAGAGGAGAAGAGAGCGCAGCAGCUAAAAGAACCCGUCGACUUUCCAAAAGUACAGGAGCUAGUAGGAUUAUUGGUGCCAAGGCUGGAAAAAUUGUCUGCAAGAUUGCAGAUUGUGUUUUGAUAAAUAACGAUACUUCGAAUACAAACUGGGUUGGGGUUAUAUCAGGAUUUGAAGAAGAUGAGGACUAUGAUGAGAAUGCUGAAUCAUAUCUUGAUAUAAUGAAAGCCAAUAUUUGGUGGUUCAGUAGCCCAAAGGAUAUACACAGUAAGACAAGGAAGCGUUCAGAUUUCUUGGAAGUAAGUAAUCCACUUCCUAUAUUUGGGCUUUGUGGCCAAUGACUAUAGAACGAGUUGUACAUAUCCUCCGAUCCUGAUACAAUCUCACUGGCGACCAUUAAUGGCACGGCUACGAUCCUAUCCGAAGAAGCUUUCAAAGCCAAAUACCCGACAGGAAAAAUACCGAGAAAUCGAAAAGAAAAUGGGAAAACAUUCAUAUGUCGUCGAGGAUUGCACAGUAAAUCUGUCACAUAUACAGAUGAAUUUAUAUGGGAGGAAGUAUAUCACAAUACGGAGGAUAGUGUUGAAAAGUUGAUCGAGAAGAUAGAGAAUAGCAUACCAAAUAAGAAGAGAAAGAAACCUGUAUUUUCGAGGAAGAAGCAUGGAGAUGAUGACGACGCAAGUGUGGCAUCUGAGCAAGAAGAUUCAGAAGUGGAUGAAGAAAUCUUUACAACACCCCGGAAAAAGCAAAAGACUACCAAAGCUAUAACACCUCGAAAACCACGUACGCCUUCCAAACUGCUAACUCCAAGUCAUAAGAGGUAUGUAGUACCAAUCAACCCUUGAAACCACUUAUUGACAGUUUCUACAGAAUUGUCGUCAAAAAGCCACUAGAAUUCACGCCUUUAGGAAUGCGUAUGCUCUCGCCAUCCGUUAAUGCUUCCCCUUUUCAAACAGCUCGAUUACGUCUUCACGUUUCGUCCGUUCCUGAUAAUCUCCCUUGUCGUGAGGAAGAGUUCUCAUCCGUCUACACCCAUCUCGCAGCUGCUAUUACAGAUGGCACAGGCUCUUGUAUUUAUAUCUCUGGAACUCCAGGAACUGGAAAAACUGCGACAGUACGAGAAGUUGUUGCACAGCUGAAUGCAUCCGUUCUGGCCGAUGAAUUAGAUCCUUUCAUAUUUGUUGAAAUUAAUGGAAUGAAAGUAACGGAUCCACAUCAAUCAUAUGCAUUGUUGUGGGAAGCGCUGAGAGGGGACAGAGUGAGUCCAAGUCAUGCAUUAGAUUUACUGGAAAGGGAAUUCAGCAAGCCGUCACCUAGGAGAGAACCAUGUGUAGUGUUGAUGGACGAAUUGGAUCAGCUAGUGACCAAAAACCAAAGUGUCAUGUAUAAUUUUUUCAACUGGCCUGGUCUGAGGCAUUCAAAACUAAUCGUGCUCGCCGUGGCCAAUACCAUGGAUUUACCUGAACGUACUCUUUCCAAUAAGAUUUCUUCACGUCUUGGUAUGUAUAAUAUUCGUUUGCUACAGGCGCUGUAAUUAACAUUUAACUUCAGGCCUAACUCGUAUAACCUUUCCUGGCUACACCCAUGACCAACUCCAAACCAUCAUAACCUCCCGUCUAGCCGACGUCCCCUCUCACCUAAUCCACCCCGACGCCAUUCAAUUUGCCUCCCGCAAAGUCGCCUCUGUUUCUGGCGACGCUCGCCGCGCUUUGGAUAUCUGUCGUCGAGCCGUCGAAAUCGCAGAAUCAGAAUUCGGUUCCAUUCCACACACACCUUCGAAAACUCCAGGUCGUGAAGAGAAAAAGGGGAAAGGUGUGGUUAGUAUAGCUACGGUUAAAAAAGCAAUUAAUGAAGCUACGACCAGUCCGCUUCAACAAUAUUUGAGAGCAUGUCCACUGGCUACGAAAAUGUUUCUUGCAGCUCUAGUACUGAGAUUGAGGAGGGCGGGAACGGGUGAGUGUUUGGUAGGUGAAGUGGUUGAUGAAUGUAGGAGAAUGGCAAAGCUGGAUACGGGGGGAAGUGUGGUUGGGUAUUUACUUGCAGGUGCGGGAAACGAGGGUGGUGGUGGGGGAAAAAAGAGAGAAAAACAAGUAAGGAAAGGAGCAAGGGUUCAAGGAAUGGGUGAAGCGGCCAUGGAAUUGAUGGAGGCGGGCGUUAUAGGAAUAGAGGUCCGAAAGGCGGAAAGAAUGGGAAAGGUUAGGUUGGGUAUUGGGGAGGAGGAUGUUAAGGUUGCUUUUAGGGAUGAUCCAGAGAUUAGGGGGUUGGGAUUUAUGGGAUAGAGUACGAGUACGUGAUAGGGCGUGUAAGGGAUGGAGGUUUAAUAUCUCCGUUACUUGACCUACUAGGUAAUCCUUAUUGAAUAUGCCCUUCUGGUUGUUUAGUUCAAACUCGGAUUAUCUAUCGCAUUGUUGGGCUGCGAGUUAGUGAUUUGAUGUGAUGAAUGAUAUGAUAUGAUGAAUGCGGGAUGAUGGAUGCUGGAGCUGGAGCUGGACAUGAUGGAUGAGUGGGAGGGAUAUUGGAUGGUGUGUUGAGAUUGGUGUAAAUAU